AUGCACCAGGUGGGGCGGUGCGCGUGGGAGCUGACGGACGGCUUGUGUGAGUUCAAUGGAUUGCGCGCUUGGGUCCUUUUUUUCUUUUUUUUUCGCAUCGAUAGUUCUGUCUCAUGCGGCUGCUUGCUUCAUGGCUGGUUCUUUCCUGGCGGCUCAAGUCUCAAGGGGGCCCGACAAUCAGAAGUGGAGCUUGCCUUGCCGACCCCGUACCGAGCCGUGAUAGAGGGGGGGCAUGCACGCGACUAUGCAGCCUAUCCAUCGGCUCGGCUCCAGCUGGAUAAUUUAGCCGGUCCUCCGCCCAAGACCUUGGAGCCCAGCCCCAUUCGUCACCACAGCCCGGUGCAGUGCCGGGCGUGUGGCCACACACUGCUGACACGCACACAUCUACAUCGUCUGCCCUCGCUGCGCUGGCUUGACUUUGCAGAGAUGGUCAACUGCGACAGCCAUGGCUGUGGCCAUGGCCACGCGCAUGAGAAAGGUACAACAGAAGCACAGGGCCAUGGGCAUGGCCAUGCCCACGGUCAUGAACACGGCGAAUCUUCUACGCCUAUCCCGCGCGAGCCCACUGCCCAACCUGGCCAGGCACUUUAUAACCGCUACCAGGUCGUGGCACCUCGUGCUGAUCUCGGCAGCACCGUACGCUCCGUAGACGCGGCUGCGCCGAGUGAUAAUAAAACCCCUACACCCACCAAAGCUCCCACACCAAACUAUUUUUGCCAGCGUUGCGGCCUCCGCUUGGGUCAACAACACAGCGCUG